AGUUCUCAGUGGCACCGCGGUCAGGUCACUUCGCCACCGCGUCACCUGUUUCUCAACCCGUUUCUCUCCAGUGUGUUCAGUGUUUACUCGACAAUUCUUAAAUAACUGUUGCCGUCAGGAAUUUAAAAACAGUAUAACAAGAAGAGCGUCGUUAAUCUGCUUGAAAAUUUGCACACAAGAAGACGAGUGAUCGAUGCGAGUAGAUUGAGGCACUCGAUUGACGAUUACGGGACCAACAGAUAUCGUGCGAUGUAACUGAGUCGAAGGAUUUAUUUGACGUUCGUUCCUCGCUGCUGAGGAAACUGGUGCUCGUUGUUUCCGAAGACCGCGUCGCAGAAAUGGAGACCGCCAGUUCCCCGUCAGUUGCACCGACAGCCUCCUUGGAACUGAAAACGCGCAGAGCGCAGUUCCAGACGCAAGCCUCCACUUUGGACACGAGAAGGAGACAGGCGGUGUGCGUGAGGAGGGCAUUUAAAAAAUAUGGUCCCAAAAGUAAUACGAAUAUUAUUUUGGAUGGGCUAAACAUGACCGUGCCGAAAGGCGCGAUAUAUGGCCUGCUGGGUGCAAGUGGUUGCGGAAAGACCACCCUACUGUCUUGCAUCGUGGGCCGAAGGCGGCUGAAUUCCGGUGAGAUUUGGGUACUGGGUGGCCGACCGGGUUCGAAAGGAUCAGGUGUUCCUGGACCACGCGUAGGCUACAUGCCGCAGGAAAUAGCGUUGUACGGAGAGUUUUCCAUCAGGGAGACGUUCAUCUAUUUCGGCUGGUGCGCCGGCAUGUCUACGGAACAGGUCGACGAGAAGCUGGAAUUUUUAAUAAAGUUCUUGCAGUUGCCAUCGGAGAACCGAUUUGUGAAGAACUUGUCGGGUGGUCAGCAGAGGAGAGUAUCCCUUGCUGCUGCUCUUCUAGCUGACCCGGAAUUGUUGAUCUUGGACGAACCCACCGUAGGAGUGGAUCCCGUUCUGCGACAAAAUAUCUGGGACCAUUUGGUUCAGGUGACGAAGCAAGGAAAUAACACCAUCAUCAUCACCACGCACUACAUCGAAGAAACGAGACAGGCUAGCCUAAUUGGUCUGAUGAGGGGUGGUAAAUUAUUGGCUGAAGAAUCGCCGUCGAGGUUGAUGGAGAUCCAUAACGUCGACAGCCUGGAAAAUGUAUUUCUGAAGCUUAGCAAGCGACAGAAUAUGGGUCUUCGAAGAAGAAGCAGCAUCCUCAGCAGUGUUACUGGUGUUCCUCCUGAAGUCAUUGCAGACGACGAAAUGAGUGGUGAAUUCGGCGAUAAUGUCAGCAUUUCCAGCCGAAGGAAAAGCAUUGUCAUCAACGAUGCAAGUGUCUCAGAAUUGCCACCCGAAGAACAAGGUUCUUCGAAAUUCAAAAUGCUCGACCCUCAGCACAUGAAGGCUCUUAUAUGGAAGAAUUUCUUAUGGAUGUGGCGGAACGUUGGUAUAAUGUUAUUUAUCAUCGGUCUCCCAGCCGUUCAGAUCAUUCUGUUCUGUCUCUCUAUUGGCAAAGAUCCAGUAGGUUUAAGGAUAGCAAUAGUGAACCAUGAAUUGAAUAGUAGUAAGGAACCUUGCAUACCAUCGCUAGGCUGCGAAUGGAGUCGAUUGAGUUGUCGAUUCUUGGAGGAAUUAGAGAAACGAUCGGUUGUACUACUACCAUACGAUGACGAGAAUGAAGCUGUAAACGCAAUUAAACGAGGCUGGGCUUGGGGUGCCAUAACGUUUCCUGCAAAUUACUCCGAAUCACUUUCAGUUAGGAUAGAAGAUGGCAAGGACGCUGAUGACUGGAGCAUCGAUUACUCUAACAUGGACGUCGUUAUGGACAUGUCCAACCAGCAAAUAGGGCAGCUUCUUCAAAGAUCUUUUUAUAAUUCGUAUCGGGACUUCGCUCAAGAAGUGGCAGAAUCGUGUAAUUACAGUCAGAAACUAGCAAGCAUACCGUUGCACUUUGAAACACCAAUUUAUGGUCCUCUGGAACCGAACUUCACAGACUUCGCCGCACCUGGUAUUAUCUUAACAAUAAUCUUCUUCCUGUCGGUCGCGUUAACUUCUGGUGCCAUGUUGCUGGAAAGGAACGAGGGUCUCCUCGAAAGAAGUUUAGUCGCCGGUCUCACUGGAACAGAAAUUCUUUUCGGACAAGUUAUUACUCAAUUUGUAGUGAUGGUAGGCCAGACGUUGAUAAUCCUCAUAUUCGGAUUCGCAAUAUUUAGAAUCACAUGCGAAGGCGAUAUCGGCUGGAUCUGUACACUGGUCGUUCUUACUGGACUGUGCGGCAUGUGUUUCGGAGUCGUUAUCGCUUGCUUCUGCGACAACGAAAGGAGUGCUACUUACAUGGCAAUGGGUUCUUUCUUACCAAUAGUUAUGUUAUGCGGAAUAAUCUGGCCUAUCGAAGGGAUGCAUUACAUAUUGCGAUAUAUCAGUUUCGUUCUGCCUCUUACAAAAAGCACGGAAGCCUUGAGAGUUAUGCUGGCCAGAGGGUGGACGAUCUCAAAUCCUUCUGUUUAUAAUGGCUUCAUUGCCACGUUCCUUUGGAUAAGCGUUUUCAUGACUCUUUCGAUACUGUUACUUAAGUUCAAAAAAGGAUAAAAUCCUUUUUGUUUAAAUUGUAGACUAUAGACUAGGCAAUUAGGUAGAAUGUCAGAAAUUUGUGUGCGUGAGGAUAUUUUACAAAUCAAAAUUAAAAAGCAAUGGAAGAAUGUACCGUACCUUAUGUUUGUUCGCUCAACACUGGUGUUUUAUAAUUUAUUACUUCUGUAUCACCAUGAUACUUUUUGUACAAUAAACAAAUCACAUAAAUAUACUUUCAGCGGAAACAAUAUAAAAGACA